AUUAAAGCACUAGGCAAAUACUAUCAUCCUGGACAUAUCAAAUGUUACCAUUGUUAUGAUCCCAUUGAUGAAAGAACAGGAUGGAAAGAACACCAAGGCCGACUCUAUUGUCGAUCUGAUUUUAAAAUGCUUUUCUUGCCUAAAUGUAGAAGUUGCCAUAAGUCUGUGGAAACACAAGCUGUGUCUGCUAUGGAUGGUAAACUUAAAGGAAAAUGGCAUUUAGAAUGCUUUGGUUGUCAUGUAAGUCAACAAACAUGCCAUAGACCAUUUCCUGACAAUACAUUUUAUGUAUAUGAUGAUGCGCCUUAUUGUAAAAGACACUAUCAUGAAUUAAAUGGCUCUCUAUGUCGAAACUGUAAUUCAGAAAUUGAAGGUCAAUGUUUGAUUACAAGUGAAAAUUGGAAAUUCCACCCUCAUUGUUUUGGUUGU